CGGAAAGACAACAACUUCUGUCAGCUGUUGCCCUUACUCUCUUAAGGCAGUCUGUAAUAGUUUGGCUUUCGCCUCGCUACUUUCUGUGCUUUCUCUCUCAGCCUGAAUUUGAAUGUCAGGGAACCGGCGUGUGGACGAAAUGUUCGCACUGGCAGAUAUAUUAUUGGUUCAGAGCCGCUCAUAAGGAUUUUGUGACUGACUGCCUGACCUGCCAAACGGUGACAGACAUGGCAGCCAAUGGAGCAAGCUGUGAGCAGCCUCAGAAACGCGUAGGAGCUAAAGACAAACUGAAUGGCAAAUCUGCAGACUUGUUGUUAAGAGAGAGGAGACAGAAAGAUAAGGAGGAGCGUCUGUCUCUGGUAUUGUGGAGGAGACCUGUCACCACUCUGCAUUACUUUCUCCUGGAGACCCUCCUUAAGCUAAAGGAGUGGACGUUUCAGCUUUGGCAGCGACGAGGCACGGUGUUCCUGUGUUUGGUGCUAUGUUCUCUCUUCUCCAUCGCUUAUUCAGCUGAGGGAGAACACCAGCAAUAUGUUCAGUACCUGGAAAAGAAGUUCCUAUGGUGUGCCUACUGGGUAGGCCUUGGAAUCUUGUCCUCAGUAGGCCUUGGAACUGGUCUACACACCUUCCUUCUUUAUCUGGGCCCUCACAUAGCUUCAGUAACCCUGGCAGCAUACGAGUGUGGGUCAACAGAUUUCCCAGAGCCUCCCUACCCAGACCAGAUUGUUUGCCCCCAAGAUGGAGAACUGGAGGGCACCAUCUCCAUCUUCUCAAUCAUGUCAAAGGUCCGACUGGAGGCCUGUAUGUGGGGUGCCGGCACUGCCAUCGGAGAGCUGCCUCCUUAUUUCAUGGCCAGAGCAGCUCGUCAGUCGGGAGCUGAUCCAGACGACGAGGACUACGAGGAAUUUGAGGAGAUGCUUGAGCAGGCCGAGGGUGCUCAGGACUUUGUUACAAGAGCAAAGCUGGGAGUGCAGCACAUGGUGCAGAAAGUGGGAUUCUUUGGCAUCUUGGCUUGUGCCUCAAUUCCUAAUCCUCUCUUUGACCUGGCUGGAAUAACUUGCGGACAUUUCCUGGUUCCUUUCUGGACCUUCUUUGGAGCAACUCUGAUUGGGAAAGCGAUCAUCAAGAUGCACAUACAGAAACUUUUCGUUAUCAUCACCUUUAGCAAGCACAUAGUGGAGCAAAUGGUGUCACUCAUUGGGUCGGUGCCCAAACUAGGACCAUCUCUGCAGAAGCCCUUCAGGCAAUACCUGGAAGCACAAAGGAACAAGCUGCACCAUGCUGGAGGAAGUGCACCAGCGAAUGAGAACUGGCUGUCGUGGGUGUUUGAGAAGGUGGUGCUGGUCAUGGUCUGCUACUUUGUCAUCUCCAUUGUCAACUCCAUGGCUCAGAGCUACGCCAAGCGGCUGCAGCAGCUGAGGCACUCGGAGGAGAAAACCAAGUGAUGGCGAAACAAAGCGGUACAAACAUCCCAGCGACUGUAUUUGUGCUGCCGCCGAGAGCUCCACACUCAGCCACAGCCACUUACGACUUAACAAACCUCACCCUCAUCCAUUCUCAAAGAGGCUGAACGCUCAAGAAACCAGGCAUUAUUUGUUGGUGUGUCUGUGUGCGUGCGCUUUUUGAGGAUGCAUGUGCUGUUUAUCGUUUUCUCCUUCAGGUUUUGUAGUUGUUCCUCAUCUCACUCUCUAAGUGUGUCUAGUGUGACUGGUUCUACUGCUGAUCUUAACAAGUUACUUUAAAUUAACCCAUUCAUUGACCUCAGAAGUAAAGCAGCGGUUUGGUGGUUGCUGCUGUGUAAGGGCAGUGCCCAUCAGAUGCUAUGCCUUAUGCAAGACGGGAAGGUCUGACCUCCCUUGAAUAUAGCUCUUUACUUAUAGACUUGAUUUUUAUUUAAUUUUGUAACAUUUAUGUAUGGAAGAAUCUUCAUUUGUCUGUACAGCGUGCUGCCAAGAUAACUGCUGUGGAUGCCGUUUCUUUUCAGGGUUUAAUUGUCCUUAUGGUUUUUGUCCUGUAAGACCAAUUUGUCUUUUGUUUCUGGAAUUGUCUAUUUAAAAAUGGCAAGAGGCAAAAAAAAAAAAAAAAGCAAUAUCAACUUAAAACGGUGUGGUGUUGAUGGUUUGCACACUGUGUAAAUAUCUUACUAUCUUUUUGACAGUAUGUUCAGAUGUGUUUCUAUUCUAUGGUCUGUGUGAACAUGAGUCAACUUGAACCAAAACCCAAAAGAAAAGGUGAUAUCAUUUGUAAAGUGACAGUGUACUCUCAGCUAACUAGUACCAUUUCUAUUCUGUACAUUUGACUUGAACGUGGGAUCGGAUCAUACAUAAAACAUGGAAAUCGUGGCACUUCUU